GCACGAAUGCACAAUGCACCAACCCAAUCCAAAUCCAUAGGACAAAAAGCUCGGUCGUAGAAAGAGGGAUGAAAAUGGCGACACUUCCACUCUCUUCCUCUUCCCUCAACUUUCUCUCUCCUCUCCUCAAUUCCUUCACCUCGUCACCACCACUACCAUCAUCCAACCUCACCUUUUCUCUCUCUUCUCCCCGACGCUUCUCCAAGCUUUCUGUUUCGUCGUCAGAAGUUUGCGACGCUCCUCAACAAUCGUUGAUCAUCGAUCAAUCUGCUCUCCUUGUCGAAGAAGCCGUCUCCGAGGAUGCGCUUUGGGCUGCCGCUUGUCUCCGCAUUCGAACUUUUAACGAAUAUAAGGAGGAUUCUUUUGGCCUCGAGGAUCAUAAGAGGUACCUAGCUGAGCGAGAGUUCGAAGCAUUAAAAGAACGUGUUGCAGGCAAAAGGGAAGGUUUCAGAAAGGUUUCUUGCAUAAAUGCCACUCUUCCUUUGUCUCAUCUAUCGGCCUUGUCUGGAGAUCUUUGUACUUCGUGUAAGUUCUCUGAUGAUGGAGGAUCUCGAAUUGUGGUUGGGACGCUUGAUCUUAAUCAAUGUCUGAGGCUACCUGAUGAGAUGACAGGGAUGAAGCCACAGGGUAUUGGAGCUGAUUUUUUGAGGGCUUAUUUGAGCAAUGUUUGUGUAGCCAAGGAAUUGCACAGGAAUGGAUUGGGUUAUGUACUCGUCUCAAAAGCAAAGUGUGUUGCUGAAGAAUGGGGCAUAACUGACUUAUAUGUUCAUGUUGCGGUGGACAAUGAAUCGGCAAAAAAGCUGUAUAUGAAGAGUGGCUUCACCUAUGAAAGUGAUGAACCAGCAUGGCAGGCUAGAUUUGCAAACAGGCCAAGAAGAGUCAUUCUUUGGUUUGGUUUACCAAACUCUUAUAACUUAUAGACAUCAAAGCCAGGGUGUUUGAAGCUAAGACAAGAGAAGCUAGGGCAGUAAGGAUAGAAUUGACAAGGAAAGCUUUCUUUUUUGGGAGAAAGAUGGUUCCAGUUCAUGAUCAUGGUAGAGAUUUUAUCUAAGAGAAACUGUUCUAUCCUAUCCUCCUUGCCUUAAACAUUGACCUCUUCUGGGAGAUGGCGCCACCAGUGUGGCUUUAUCAACUGUUCCUGGUAGCUGGCAAGUUUUCACCAUCAAGUCUUGGUUUCCCUUCGGUGUCUGCUCUGUUUCAAGGGUUUUAAGUUAUGAUUUCUCUCAGUUGUAUUCUAUCUCUUCAUUGAGGGCUUUUAAUCCAUCUUGGUAGUUCAUUUUUUAUUAGAAGCGUUGUUAUAAGUUGCUCUUUAGUUUAAUUGUAAGUUUAUGACAUUAAUCAGGGCUUGGUGAGUAAAUCUUGGGAAAGUUGGAUAUUUAAUUCAUCUUUUACUCAUUGUUGCUAGUUUGAAAGAGGAAAGUAACCUCUUGUUUAAAGCUUGAUCUGUCAUUCAUCACAUAUCAUAAAACUGUAAUAUUGAUAUUGUGGUAUGCCAUUUUAUGAGUGUGUAGUCUAAAUUUUCUGGUUUGACUAUA